AUGCUAACUUUGCCUAAGAAGGCUGCUGUUGACUCAAAAGUCCUCUGCCACCACUCCUUAGAGGUAACUCCUGCGGUAACAGGUGGAAGAUGGCAAACUUCCACCAUCCUGAUUUUGAAAAUACCUGAACCUCUAAUUCUCAUUUAUUCACUGAUCCUGACAUUCAAAGAGAUUGUUUACAAUAACCUCCAUCAAAGUUACACAGCUCAACAGGGUCCACCUCACGAAGCAGGAGUCGUCUAUUACGCAAAAGCAUUCAGUCUUAAGAGCCUUAACUGCCUACCCAUGGUUGCCUUUUAG